AUGAUUGAUGAAAAGGCACUACUCUCAUUUAUCCGCAACCCUGAGCCUGUUCAAUUUGUUGCCCCGCCCUCUCAAGGUGGGAUAAAGAAGAAUGGUGCUUGGGUCACGGUCAUCGACCUAGAAUGGGAUCCAGAGACUGCAGCACGCUCGAAGUAUCAAGGAUUCAUGCGCUUUCAUCUUCUAGAACAUGAAGAGCUCGCGUUGCUAGGAUCAGUGCAUGAUAUGUCUGAGUUGAUCCACUGGGAUCGUUCAUCGGGUAUUCCCUGGUACGAGGAUAUGAUUUGA